UGGGGGAGAAGCCGCGAGUCAGAGCAGAGUCAAACCAGAGAACAGCUGAAGGCAGAGGCUCAGUUGUCUCGGGAAAGGAUGUGUCUCUUUGGAUAAAGAGAAGACUUGGAACUUCUUGAGUUGGGAAGAUAAAAAGUUCAUUCAGUCCAAUUAGUUCUGUCUGUAUGCACAUGCAUGCGAAGGCCAUUCACUGGAGAUUGGGCAACUUAGGAGGAAUCUAGGAAGAAAACUGGAUGAGGAGAACCAGGGUUAAUUUUGGUCAGAUCUGAUCAUUUGAUCUGUCUCAGGAGCCCAGAUUUUCACCUACUACAAAUCAAGGGUUGUGAUUUUUCCUCUCUGAGAUGGAAAUAUAUACAACGUCACACCUAAUCUAGAUGGACCUCUCCUUGUGUAAUUUAUAAGACUGUUGUUUUAGCAGCGAAUCACUUUGGAAGUUUUUUCACUGGCCAGAUCACACCUGCUGGAAAAGUGCCCCCCGUGAAGGUCAGAAGAGGGUGUCAGAGAAACUUGCUUCUUUCCGUGUGAGACCGAGUACUGCAGAUAUUUGAACAGUAAUCAGGAAGAAAAGUGGAAUUGUGUGAAGUAACUUUUUGGAUUUAUUUUUUAAAAAACUAAUAUAAACAGAAAACUUUAUAUUAGUCCUUGUCUCUGUCCAACUCCAUAUCAGAAAUGGAAGUAACUGAGCCCAUCAGCAAUAACAGGAACUGUGCAAUAGAAAACUUCAAGAAAGAAUUUUACCCCAUCAUAUACCUGAUAAUAUUUGUCUGGGGAGCCUUGGGAAAUGGCUUUUCCAUAUAUGUCUUCCUACAGACUUACAAAAAGUCCGCAUCUGUGAAUGUUUUCAUGCUCAACCUGGCCAUUUCAGAUUUCCUAUUUAUAAGCACCCUACCGUUCAGGGCUGACUAUUAUUUCAAAGAUACCAAUUGGAUAUUUGGGGACACAGCCUGCAGAAUUAUGUCUUAUUCCUUAUACGUCAACAUGUAUACUAGCAUUUAUUUUCUAACUCUGCUGAGUGUUGUGCGUUUCCUAGCCACUGUCCGCCCCCUCCAGAUGCUCCAUGUCACCAGCGUCAGGAGUGCCUGGAUCUUCUGUGGGAUCAUAUGGGUCUUCAUCAUGGCUUCCUCAACACCACUUCUGAUGAAUGGCCAAGAGAAGAAAAAUAACACUAUGUUGUGCUUGGAGCUGAAUCAUCAAAAGGUUAAAAAUCUUGAGAUAAUGAACUACAUUGCAUUAGUGGUAGGCUUCUUGCUUCCACUUUUCACACUCACCACCUGCUACCUGCUGAUCAUUCGGGUCUUGUUAAAGGUGCAGAUUCCAGAAUCAGGUCCACGGACUGCUCAUAGGAAGGCUCUGAUUACCAUCGUCAUUGCCAUGAUCAUCUUCCUCCUCUGUUUUCUGCCAUACCAUGUACUGCGGACCCUCCACUUGGUCACAUGGAAGGCAGAUUCAUGUGGGAAUGAGUUACAUAAGGCCACAGUCAUCACACUGACCUUGGCUGUAGCCAAUAGCUGCUUUGAUCCCCUUCUCUAUUAUUUUGCUGGAGAGAAUUUCAAAGCUCGAUUAAAGGCUAUAUUCAGGAAAGAUCAUCUAUAGAAAGCAGUCAAAAUGCAGCCUUCCUAUAUUGUGUGUAGCUGAAGAACAGAAUUAAGAGUAUAGGGAGCUGUUCUACAGGUAUGCUUCUGAAUAUUGUUGUCCACCUUCAUUCACUCAGGGUCUCCAAAUUACUUUAUAUUUGCAUCAUAACCCACAAGUCUUGGUUCCUGACAUUUAAUUGACCACAACAUUUGCUAAUAAAGCCUAUUUCAGAAUUUUCAUUAGAUGUAUUUUUAGUGGUUGGAACUAAGUGAGAAAUGUAGGAAAAACAUUUCUACUGGAAUCUUGCAUGCUGAAAUUUGACAUUGGGAAAACUUGUCAAACACAGUAGUCCUUGUUUUGCAUCAGAUCCUAUGCUCACUCUCUGGCCCAGACAUUCUAAAUUCCUAACUUGUAGACAUCUCCUCAAAAUCCUUUCCCUAUUAAAGCCUUUGAGACCCAGUCAAACCUACUAGGGGUCUCUGUGGAGCUAGGAGAGCAUCCCAAAGGCUCUGGAUCAGGCUCUGAUUUAAAGAGGAAAACUGUCCUCUAAUAAUGCAAGUUAAGGUCAGACAAGGUUGGUGAGAGAAAAGGAGGAGGAUUAAGGCAAAAGAGAGGGAAUGAUAAGUACAGGUAAAGAGUAAUUUCAUCUUUGCCUCCAAGAGAUGGGUUCUAGCAACCAAAUGGAAGAAUGUACCUUUUGUCUUUCUUACUAAUAGUUAGGAAGACUGAGGAAUGGGGCUGUGUGGGGAUCACUUCCUUAGGGGAUACAGGAAUUGUGUGUGGAAUAGGGAUAAGGAAUAGUUAUGGACAUGCGUCUUCUGAAACUUGGGUCUGAACUGAUGUCAUUGUAGUUAUUGGCUCCUCCUAUUAACCCAUGGAGAUAACAAUUGAAGGAGAUGGAGCUUUGGGAAAGGGUUGAGCAGAACGUGAGAAGUGAUAUUAAAAAAAUUCCUUGAUAUUAGAAAGAGACCCUUUCUAUCCACAGAAACUUACUACAGAUACUACCAAUUAUUCACAUGAUCAUUGUGUUGACCCCAACAGUCAAAUGUCAUCCCUGUGCUAGGUCUUUCAGAAAUGCUGGAGAAAGCACAGAGAUUUCAUGGGCAGAGAACUUAAGAAGUGUGUUCCAGUGUACACAGCUAUUGAGCACUUUAAAAGCUCUGAAGAAAUGUUGACUGGGUGCUCUCCCCUCCACCACCUCCUGCCCUGUGAACCUCCAGAAAGUCUGCAUGGAAACCCAUGGUCAAAAGUCUGCAUGGAAACUUUCUUUCUUGUCAGACACAUAUGCCUUUCUCAUCCUUACAAGGAAACCAAGGUCUGGGGGCUGGAGAGAUGCUUUAGGGGCUAAUAGCACUUGUUGCUUUUAUAGAGGAUCCAAGUACUGAUAUAGAGGCUCACAGCCAUCUUUAACUCCAAGUCCACAGGAUUUGAUGCUCUCUUGUGACUCUGUGGGCAGGCAUACAGUGUGCAGACAUACAUACAGACAAACAUUCAUACAUGUGAAAAUUCUUAAUGACAACAACAUUGAAAAAAAAAGCAAUUUUUGGCCUCUGGCACAGUUGGGGAUAGAAGGGAGAUUGCGUUCUGAAGUUGGAGAGUACUACAGUAGUGUUUAUAUAAAACAAUGACUCUAUAAUCUUCCUUUAUUUACCUACCAGAAUAAUAGAUAUCAGAGGAAGCCUCUCAUAGUACAUCUGCCAACAGGGAAACUCCCCUAUCCUAGAGAAAAGGUUGACAGAUACUUGGGAAUCCUCCAACCCAAAACUUGAGUGUCUGCUCUUUCAUUUAUCUCACAGUGAAGCCUACAAUUUAAUCCAUCCCCUCCACUCCCAGAGAGCAUCAAGACAACUUGGUCUAGUCCCACUCUUGAUUAUAAACAAGUUAAUGACCACACAAUUUUCAAUGGAAAAACCCCUUAACAUUCAAGGCACCAACAAGAUCGCAGAGGGACACAUCAUCAAUAGGAAAGGUCUCAACAUUAUUUUUACUUGUAUCAGAAAGCAGUGGGAUGCUGCUCAAAACAAACAAGUAAACAACCACAAGCAGACAGGCAACCAAGACAAUGAUAGCACGAUGUAGUCAUUAGUGUGCUAGAGAAGAAAAGUGUUAACUAAGAGCUCAAGUAAUAACUGGAGCCCACUAUAUAGUUGAAUAUUUACACAGAGCUUGACACAUGGAAACACUAUGAUGGACUCUCAGGAAAAGAGUGGGGAGGGUACAUGUUGGGUGGGAGAAGGGGUACAGGAAGCUUUCAUUUCCACCAGAGAGAAUUCAUGUUAACCAAAGUUGGGGAGCAAUAAACAGUUACAUAGCGUGUUGUUUAGUAAGAGGGAGUGAAUGGGGGUGGGAGGGAGGUGCAAAAAGACCUGGAGGAGAUUGCCUCUGGACAGGGAGUUGAGGUGGGAUAUUUGUUACUGAGAAUUGUCAAACUGAGUGACUUGUGAAUGUGUAUUGCUGAAAUAAAAUGAAAUUAAAUAGAAACCUUUA